AUGCGAUGUUGUAAACAAAAAAUCACAAGCUUGCUCGGUGACCAGAAGCCGCAAGUCACCUUCACCUGCGAUAAAGAGGAUGCGACCUGCCAAUUCCAAUUCUGGGUGGACCAGCGCGAAUCGUUUUACUGCGAUCUCGAUCAAUGCAAAUCCUCGGCCGAGUUCGACGAGCACCAGAACAGCACAUCUUACGUUUGCGACAACAUCAAAUGUAGCUGUAUUUCGGAUCGUAUGCUUUGUGGACAAGAUGGCUCCGUCGACAUCAGCGAUUUUUUGAAGGAGUCCAUUCGUGGCCCUGCGAAAUUUGAGUGUCAGCAGGAUGAGGGCAAGUCCAAUGACUGCCAAUUUCGAGAGCCACAGAUGGAUGAUCUUAUCUCGGCCCUUAUUGGCGACUCCAGCAUCCUUUUAACCUGUCGGUCUGGAGAAUGUCUCUACCACACUGAAGUUCCUGGAUAUGAGCGGCCCGUCAAGCGCAUCAACACACCACUCAUUGCCGGAAUUAUUGCCCUUUGCUCUCUGUUCCUCGUUGCUGUGAUUCUAUUGACAUGGUACCUUUCCCGGAGACAGUUCAAGUACGGCCCUAUCCACCUCGAUGACUCGGACGAUGAAAAUGCCAAGCUCAUGGCCGACCACAAGCCCGCUUCCUUGUAUUUCAGGGAUAUCUCAUACGCGCUUAAUGGGAAACAGAUCUUGAAGGAAAUUGGCGGCCUGGCGCGACCGGGCGAGAUAACUGCAAUCAUGGGUGCGUCCGGUGCUGGAAAGACCACGUUCCUUGACAUCCUAGCGAGAAAGAACAAGCGCGGCCGAGUUGCCGGCGAUUUCUACGUAAACGGCGAAAAAAUCAGCGACUCCGAUUACAAAAGCUUCAUCGGAUUUGUGGACCAGGAAGAUACGAUGCUGCCCACCCUUACUGUGCACGAAACAAUUCUUACGAGUGCUCUUUUGCGUCUCCCUCGCAAUAUGAGCCGGGCAGCGAAGGAGCAAAGGGUCGUUGAAGUUGAGAAACAGCUUGGCAUCCACCAUAUUCGAGACUCCUUGAUCGGCUCGGAAGAGGGCAAGGGACGAGGUAUAUCCGGGGGUGAAAAGCGCCGAGUCGGAAUCGCCUGCGAGCUUGUUACAAGCCCCUCAAUCCUGUUCCUCGAUGAACCAACAAGCGGUCUCGAUGCUUACAAUGCCUACAACGUUAUCGAAUGUCUCGUUACGCUUGCCAAGACAUAUAACAGGACUGUCAUCUUCACUAUUCACCAGCCUCGCUCGAACAUUGUUGCUUUGUUUGAUAGGCUUAUCCUCCUAGCUCGCGGCAAUACGGUUUAUUCAGGCCCCUUCCACCAAUGUCAAGACUACUUUGACAGUAUCGGUUACUCAUGCCCUCCUGGAUUCAAUAUUGCGGAUUAUCUGGUUGAUCUCACUAUGCAUGCUGGCUCCGUGGACGAUGUGGAUGACGGAACCAUUUUCGCAGAUAACUCUAGUGUUGGACCUAGCAGUACACGGGCCGUUAAGUCCAUUGGAACUGCCUCGAUCGUCAGCACUAAUGACGAUGGAAAUAACCUACCACCUACGCCAUCACGACCAAAGGGUAGGCGCCACGACUCAGUCCGCAAACAGCAGGAGCGGGAGCUCUUUACAAGGCGAAGGCAACCUGUGGAUACUGCGGCCUCUUCUGAUGCUGGUCUCGAGGAUCCCGGGUCAUUCAGACUACAUAGGCAAUCGCCUCACGAUGACCCGCACGACCUCCCUCCGGCGGCUCUCCCUCUAACGGCUCUCGACGAGAUUGUCCAGGCCUUUGCCGAAUCUGGAAUUGCUGACUCGACCCGUGAUGAGAUCUCGCAGUCUAUCGAGGCCGCUUGCCUUGCGAAUGGAGCCAACGCGACUGAAAACUCGGCGCAUAGUUCCGGUAUCAACGUGGGUGCUAUGGCUGUGCUUUCUGGGUACUUGUUCUACGGCAUAACUGAUGAUAUUGCCGGGUUCCAGAACCGACUGGGUUUCGAGAGGCUGUUGUUUGUCAGGGAGCGGGCUAAUGGCUACUAUUUACCGGUGACAUACUUUGCUGCCAAAGUCCUCUUCGACAUUGUUCCACUUCGGAUCAUACCUCCUCUCCUCAUGGGCUCAAUCAUUUACCCUAUGACCGGCCUGGUGGCGGAUUUCGAACACUUCUAUAAGUUUAUCUUGAUUCUCAUCCUCUUCAACUUAGCGGCGGCAGCUAUCUGUCUCUUCAUCGGCAUUGUAUGCAAGGAUCACGGCGUUGCAAACCUGAUCGGAUCUCUGGUCAUGUUGUUCAGCUUGCUCUUCGCAGGACUGCUUCUAAACCACAACGCGAUCCCUAAAACGGCUGUGUGGCUUCAAUCACUGUCUAUCUUCCAUUACGCGUUUGAGUCACUGAUUGUCAACGAGGUUGUGCACCUUACUCUCGUCGAUAACAAAUAUGGCAUCAACAUCACUGUUCCGGGCGCUGCCAUCCUUAGCUCCUUUGGCUUUGACAACAAUGCUCUAUGGUCUGAUGUCUUUUGUCUCGGAACAUUUGCAGUUUUAUUUAUUAUCCUCGCGUAUACAGCCAUGCAUAUUCUUCUUGUCGAGCGGCGGUAA